GCCAGGCCAGCCGGAAGAUGGUCAACGAGCGGUGGAAGACCAUGGGCGGCGCUUCCCAACUUGAGGACCGGCCGCGCGACAAGCCGCAGCGCCCGAGCUGCGGCUACGUGCUGUGCACGGUACUCCUGUCCCUAGCUGUGUUGCUGGCCGUGGCUGUCACGGGCGCUGUGCUCUUCCUGAAUCAUGCUCGUGUGCCGGGCACGGCUCCCCCACCCGUUGUAAGCACGGGGCCAGCAGGGCCCAACAGUGCCCUGGUCACUGUGGAGAGGGCCGACAGCUCCCGCCUCAGCAUCCUCAUCGACCCACGCUGCCCUGACCUUGCUGACAGCUUCGCCCGCCUGGAGGGCAUGCAGGCUUCCGUGCUGCGGAUGCUGACCGAGCGCCAGGCCCAGCCACAGCUGGAUGGUGCCCCGGAGCUGCUGGACAUGCUGGCUGAUCAGCUGCCUCGUCUGCUGGCCAGGGCCUCCGAACUGCAAACGGAGUGUGCCGGGCUGCGGAAGGGCCACAGCACCCUGGGCCAGGGCCUCAGCACCUUGCAGAGUGAGCAGGGCCACCUCAUCCAGCUGCUCUCUGAAAGCCAAGGCCACAUGGCUCACCUGGUGAACUCAGUCAGCGACAUCCUGGAGGCUCUGCAGAGGGAGAAGGGGCUGGGCCGGCCCCGAGUCAAGGCCGAUCUGCAGAGGGCCCCUGCCAAGGGAGCCCGGCCUCGGGGCUGCGCCAACGGCUCUCGGCCCCGGGACUGCCUGGACAUACUCCUGAGUGGACAACAGGACAAUGGUAUCUACUCAGUCUUCCCUAUCCACUACCCCGCUGGCUUCCAGGUCUACUGUGACAUGCACACAGAUGGCGGUGGCUGGACGGUGUUUCAGCGCCGGGAGGACGGCUCCGUGAACUUCUUCCGAGGCUGGGAGGCGUAUCGAGAGGGCUUCGGCAAGCUCACAGGGGAGCACUGGCUAGGGCUCAAAAGGAUCCACGCUCUGACCACACAGGCGGCCUAUGAGCUCCACGUGGACCUGGAGGACUUCGACAAUGGCACCGCCUAUGCCCACUACGGGAGCUUUGGCGUGGGUCUGUUCUCCGUGGACCCCGAGGAGGAUGGGUACCCGCUCACUGUGGCUGACUACUCGGGCACUGCAGGUGACUCCCUCCUGAAGCACAGCGGCAUGAGGUUCACCACCAAGGACCGGGAUAGUGACCACUCGGAGAACAACUGUGCCGCCUUCUACCGUGGCGCCUGGUGGUACCGCAACUGCCACACAUCCAACCUUAAUGGGCAGUACCUGCGUGGCGCCCACGCUUCCUACGCUGACGGCGUCGAGUGGUCCUCCUGGACUGGCUGGCAGUACUCACUCAAGUUCUCCGAGAUGAAGAUCCGGCCGGUUCGAGAGGACCACUAGACCGGACGCCAUCCAGCCCCAGGUCUCCUGACCACACCCCAUCCCUGUACCCCUUAGUCUACGCCCACUGCUGUGAGAAUACUUUCUGCCCACCCACCUGUUGCAUGGCUGACCCUCUCUCCAUUAGGGGUGGUCUAAGCCAGCCCUGACACUCAGCCCCCUGGGCCAGCGACACCACACAUCUCCUCAUUGUCCCCAAUUCACCCAUGUCCCCUCUCAGCAGCUGACAUGAUCUCUUGCCAGGGCCAAUGGUGGCUGGCACUUGAUGUCCCUGAAUCACCCCUGCUUAGACUUUGGCUCCCAUGCUGUGCCUACUGCCUCAUGGAGGGGAUGGUGGCAUGUGUGCCCCUUGGCUUUGCCAGCCCAAACACCUGUCAUCAUGGGAACAGAGAGAGUCAGGAACAGACUUAACACCCUGGGCCCUGGGGCCUUUGUGGCAUCUCAUGGGAGAAGGCUUAGGCUUUCUGAGGCUUGCCUGCCCUAAACUGCCCAGCCCCACCAUUCCUCUCCCUCUGUGCCUGGAGACCCUGCCUCUCCUGAGAAGACCUCUAAUAGCUGAGGCUGAAGACCGUGUUGGGUUAUGGGCUGAGCAGCUGAGUUCUGCUAUGUCCUGCAGCUGCCUGUGGAGACCCAGACCCUCAGGCCGAGGCUAGCCCCUGAAGUCCCCUACCCCAUGCCUCUUCAUGUCUGUACCCGUCUGCUCUGUCUCUGUCAAAUGAGGUUUAGCCAGUCUCUGCCCAGCCGUUUACCAGCCUCCUGCCCCACUUCUGCUUGGGGGCACAGGCAGGCCACAGGGUUGGGCCAGUGGGAACCUCUUGGUUUUCUGGGCUGGGGCUGAGGUAGGCUGGCCAGUGCUUGUGCUCAGACCCCCAGCCAAGUGCAGAGGGUGGAGGCCUGCGCCCAGGGGAGGCGGGAUAGCUCAAGAGGCUGCGGUCUCUGUAGAGAGGCUGCCCCCUGCUGGUGAUCAUGGGAACUGCCACCUGGGCGCAGCAAGGCCGAAUGGUCACUGGGGAAGGCCACACUGGGUAGUGGGUGGCAGGGGGAGACUGAGGCAGCAGGCCAAGCAUCUGGACAUUGCCUCCACUGAUCCCUCCAAUCACCCUGGACUCUACCAUUGCCCUCUCCCCCACAGGGAGCCCCACAGCCUUCAGGGACAGGGACAGCAGCCAGGCAGGCUGGCUGGAGCCACAACCUUUGGCCACCAACUCUGGUGUUCAUGCCUGGGCUGAGCAAGCUGUGAGAGAAGCUGUCUAGGUUGGGUGGCAACAACCCUCCUUAGGCAGGAGGGAGAGAUGCCUAGGGGUGGAUUAGAUAGGUGCAGGAUGUGGAGAGGGUAGUCACUCUCCCCUCCUUCCAAACUCGUGCCAAAGCCCAAUCCCUCCAUAGGCCAGGUGACCUACGCAGCCCAUUGCCAUGAGCCAUGGACAGAGGUUCACAGUACAUAUGUCUGCUUGGGUCAAAGCCACCCUGGAUGCCAGACAAGAGCAGUUGCUGUCCACUUGACCCCCAGCUGGUGACAGAGGUGGCCAGGUAAUAGGGGACUCCAGCCCGGCAUGAGUAAGGUGCUGGCAGGGACAAAGAGGCACUCAGGAAGCCCCCUGAAGUGCUCAGGUGGCCACACCGACAUGAAGCCCCUUCUCCUUGGUCCCUCUGUAUUCAAGAGGGCACCGCGUCACCCGAGCCCCCAGGGUGCCCAAUCAUAUUGCAGAAGUUGGUGGAACCCAGAGCAGGCAUCCUGGAAGCACCCUCCUCCCCCAAACACACAUUACUGAGACGAGAUCGGCAUUUGCUGCCAGGGUCCCUGCCAGCCGCCGCUCAGAAGUGCCGAAGGCUUUCUGAUGUCUCAACAAACAAGCUCCUGUGAGGGUGAUGCUGGUGGUUUCGCAGAUGUGCGCGUGUGGCAGGAGGCAGGGCCUGGGGCCAGGGCUUGGCUGCAGAACAGACAAGCCAGAGCUUGGCCUGGCAGGGGGACAGUUGAGGAGGCAGGUGAGGGACAGCAUGCAUCCAUGCCUCAUCACGCAGGAGAUGACAACCUUUCAGAGCCCCAUCACCACCUCACAGCACCAACCGCUCUCCCAGAUCGAGGGCAUGGCUCUACACCAGCCGAGUGUGCACAACCGGAUGAGGCCAGGCGGCAGUUCCUCUCCUCGUGCGUGCCUUUCAAAGGCUAGUGAGGCACGAAGUUCCGGCACACCUACUCUGGGCCACAGUUUCUGCCCUUGACCACAGUCCGAUGUCAGUGAGAAUGGCUGUCACCAGAGACGGGAAGCAGGAGUGUGGGGAGAGCCCAUGGCGGCAGAUUCGGUCGGCUCAGACCUGAGUGAUGCCACCAGGCCGGUGUACACAAAAGACCCACAGUCACAAACAUUGCUGCCCCAGACCCAGUUGGAUGGUUUCGGCAGUGGGUGACUGUGACCCAUGUUCCAUGAUUUCACCUGACCAAGCCCACUCUGCCCUUUCCUUCUUUCCUGGGUGAGUAGGGGACGGGUCUCCAUGCCUCUACACUGGCAUCUUGGCCAGUGCACCAUGGCUGUCCCCGUUUAGUGAGCUUCUAAAAUUUCCUUCUUCAUGCCCAGGGAGGCUCUGUGGACCCAGCCAAGGGCCCCACACUCACCUCCAAGGUGGAUCCGCACCGUGAGUCUUUCCAAAGGUGGCUACCCAGCCGGAGCACUGCAAGCCGGGGUUCUGUAGGGGACCCUGGCCAGGCUGCAGGAGAUGCGACCGGGGCUGAGUGUCUGUCCUGCCAUGUGAGCAGAGGACUGGUGUUUGCCCUUGGGUGGAAGCGGCCCACCUCUUUCUUGCACCUGUAACCCUCAUCCCCUCAAGCCUCUGACUGGCCUGGAACUCAAAAGUAGGGGCCACGGCCAUUGAAGGCUUUGGCGUUCCGUCAGCCAACCACGUAAAACUGUCCUAAACCAAGAGGACUUGGCAGGGUAGGUAUGCCCAUUGGCUGGUGUGUGGGGACCACGGGGCAGGGGAGGAGCCAGGAGCUCUCACGACUAGCGCAGCACCCCGUGGACACACGUCGCAUGGAACUUGGUUUUGUGAAUGUUCCUGUCUCCAGUAAAGUUUUGUGGCGACCCAG